CGAUCCGCCGGGAAAGUGUGAGGCGAGGUGGGUUGACCCGCCUUCUCGGUUCCAGAGGAAUUAGCGGGCGCCUUGGGCAGGUGGCAGAAUAAAGCGGGCAGGAGGGGGGGCGGGAGCGUAAAGGGUUAAGCGGCGGAGGCUUCCUCGAGGUUUCCAUUCCCUCGUCCGCCAUGUUUAACGUGAUACGAGAGGGAAAGAGUAGGCGCGCUGCGCCAGGGCUGAAGGAAAGUAUAUCAGGCGAGGCGCCCUUCAGCCCACACAAGUGUAAAAUGGUGGCUCAGUUCUCUAACGGCCGCCGUCGCCGGAACCAUCGCGCAGGCCAGAGACGAGGGAAGAGGCGAGAACAUGUAAACUGUAUUUCCUGGACUUGACAAAAGAAGAGGCGGCGCGUGCGUCGCUUCCUCUAUUGUAAAUCGGCCUCGCUACGCUUACCGACGAGAGAUCGCCUCCGCCUCCUCUUUGCCCCCCCGCCCCGCUCUGAACGAACUUUCUCUCAUUCGCCACUCCCCCUUCCCUUCCCCGGAGGACUUCUGCGCGUGCGUGAUGACAAUUUCUGUGCGUUCUCUCGGGAGGGUUGGAAGUGUACUGUUAACCGACUAGCUGUGAAGCGUUGUUGAUAUGGGGGGAGUCUCUCUCAAGUCUGUUCGUUGUUUCUCGCCUUGUCCCUAACGGGGUGAUAUGAGAGAUCCUAUGCUAAGAUGUCUGCGAGUAAGUCCCGUUUAGCUCAGUGGGAAUUACUUCCGAGAUAUCCUGCAUAGUGUGGAGCUGCAGAAUGAGUACAUCUCUCACCCUUUGCUCAUUUUAAUCCAAAAACGUUAACAAGGAUUAAGGCCAGAAUAUUACCUGUAAAAAACUCGCAGUACAGUAUAAUUAAUAAUCUUAACAAUUAUACAAGAAUGUGUUGUAAUUAUGUUUCAAAAUAAGAACUGGGUGGCUGUUCUUUAUGAGAGAUUGCAUGCUUACCAACCACGGAGAUUGGUCUGGUCUUACCUUUGUAUCUCUUAAUCAGCUAAUGUUGAUUGUUAAUGGCCCAUUUGACAAGGUCAUGGCUACAGCUAAUCCAGUUUUGAUAAAAGGAAAAGAACAGUAGGUAAUGUAAUAAUUAUAUUUGCUGCUUGAAACAUUUAGAGAGCUACUUCUACCUUGAUCCAGAAAUAAUAGAACUAAAAACAUAUAUACCAUGAAAUGAUACUUUUUUGUUAAUGAAUCAAAAAUGUUAGACUAUUAUUUCAGGAGACAUAGUGGCCUUUUAAGGUUUGCUCGGUUAACUAAACUGAAUGUACCCUUCAUUUGCAAAAUAUAAUCCUGAGAUGACAAAUUAUAAAUGUGUAAUUAAUAUAUUUUGUACUGUUUAUACAGUAACACUUAAAUGAAAAGACUUGCCAGGAAUGCUACUAGGUAACUUGAGCUGCAAUUCUCUGCAUGCUUACCUGUGAAUAAGUUUAUUGAAUACAGUGGGACUUACUCCAGAAUAAAUAUUCAGAGUAUUGUACUGUUUGCUCUAUUCAUAGACAUUAAGAAUGUUACCUUGAUAAAUAAUAACGUACUAGUGGUGACACUAUUGAGAGAUUGAAGACAGUUCUUCAGUUUUGUGUAUUACCUGAAAGGCUCUCCAAAAUUCAAAACAUAAAACAUUGUUCCGAAAGUUUUGUUACUCUACAUCCUACAGUGCCAGAGUAUUUGGAAAUAUCUCUUUCUACCCUUUCUUGUAAAUAGUUGUAUUUUUGUGUAUUUGCGAAUACAGGAAAAGCCUCUCUUGUACACUACCAAACUGUGUUGCCAAAAAAAGAAUAUGAAGAGGAAAUAGCAACAAAUCUCUGUAGAAGGAAACAGUUCUAGUGUUGGAAUUGACUGUGUAGUUGCAUGCAAAGUUAAGGGUUUUAAAAGGGUGUGUAUAUAGUUCACUGAAUUAGUCUGAACAACAUAUGAAAAUCAAGCACUGUGAAGGGGUACAAAGAAGUAUGAGUUUAAUCAGCUUGCCAUUUGCUGGGUUGCUGUUCCCCCCCACCCCCCACAAGACCUUUGCUGGAAAUUUUUGGCUGCAGAAUAGUAGAGAAAGCCAAUGCCAGAGAGAGAAUCGCUAACUAGCAUCUCCUUUUUAACCUUGUUUUGUAUGUAAUGUGUGAGUUUUCUGAAAAAAAUUGAAUUGAAAAAAUUUCUAAUGCCCAAGAGAGUGAUUUAAUUUACCUUAUUUAUUUUACUUGUAUUUAGUAGACAACAAAUCUAAAAAGCAGACCCUGUCUUUCUUCUUUUCUUUUUUUUGGGGGGGGGGGUGCUUUGGUUUGUUUUGGUUCUGGUUCCAAGACAUCACAAAUAUAUGACCUGAAACAUUUGAUUGGGAUGGUGGAAUCAAAGCAUACACAAGAUGUAGAUUUUAUUUUUGUUGAAAUACAUUUAAAGCAACAACAUCUAUAUCACAUUGUUCAAAUUUAUGGGAAAUAGUACUGAAAAUGUUGAUACACUAAUGAAUUUUAGGAGCCAAGGAACUGUGCAUGAUAUGCUGACAAUCACUCAUCUGCAGCCUUGAAACUGUAAAGCUUGCCUAAUAUUGAUUUGCAGUUGGCAUCUGUUCAUCAUUACUAAUAAACUUAUGAAAUGAAGAAAAUUUUCUGCAGAAAAAGAAAGCACUGGGAAAAAAAUCUGCUCCACGUCAUUGCCUGCAUAUAAGACCCAGAAUGGCCUGCCUACUGUAUCCAGGUCUUGAAGUUGCUCUGGAUGAGUCCUUCACUUUUCAGUCCACAGGAUAAAGGGAAUGGGUGCAAUUCUUUGUGUGGGUUAUCGUACAGUAAGUAGACAAGGCUGCAAAUUACAGUGACAUCCUCUCCUCCCUCUUCCCAAUUCCCAUUAGGAUGCAGCAGCUCAAGUAGUAGUUUGAGAUUAAGCUGCCAGACAUCUUUUUGAGAAAAAGGAUGGACUUAACUGUUCAAAGUUUGAGACUUUGUGGGAGUGAUAAAGAUCCAUUUUAAGAUGUAGCUUAUCCUUACUGUCUUCUAGCAGGGAAUACAGGAAUGAGCAUAAUCUCUUCCCAUCCAUUGUGGAGUUGUAUCAACAAAGGCUGCAACAGUGUGUGUGUGUUUACACGGGUAUAUCCCACUGGACACGAUUACUGGGUUUAACCAACAUGCUACACCUUGUCGUGAACUGUUUAGCCUGUGGCAUCUCAUGCUACUGUGGGUGCCAGGUUAAAUAUGCAUCCUAUGCUUGGGGGUUGUCAGGUUCUGUGAAAUCAGCAAGCAUGAGUUAUGCAGUGGUUAAAUAAAUGUAACUUUGGAGAAAGGGUUUGAGUGGAUGUUCCAAAGGAUAGGGAGGAGCAGUGGACUAGUGCUGCCACAGUACAAAAACACCCUGUAGAGUCUUGGCCUCUUUCCCUUCAGCUUUGAGGUGUGACAAACAAAAUUGUUUGACUUAAGUGUUUUGCAGGGCAGGAGGAACACAAAGGUAACUUUCAUCUCUGCACUUUUUCACCUUGGUUAAGAUACCUGUAAUCUUCCAAGUUCAAAAAGGUGCAGGCAUAUGGAUUGGAUUACACCCAAAGUGACUUUAGUAAAAAGCAUGAAAAAAGCAUUGCUUAUUUUCAUAUUUUCCAGAAAAAGGGGGGAAUGAUUCUUUUUUUCGCAUGGCUUUAAAAUUUUGAUAAAUUUUAUGCCUAUAGACUUAGGAUUGAAUCCAUUCCAGUUACCCUACUUGACUUGCAUUUUUUCAUUCUGUUUCUAAUAAUGUUAUAAAAACAGUAGAUUUCUAAUAGUAGAAAAUUUCCUACUCUGUAUUACUGAUUAAAUGCAAUAUCAGUAUUACAAAUCACAAAGACAAUAUGUUAGUCAAGACAAGCAGGAGAAAGGGAAUUUUUCACCUCAGAGCAUCCACUUUAAGUUUUUUUGAUCCAACAAUGUUGUAUUUAUUUUUAGAAAUGGUGUAACAGUUUUAUUCUUUAAAUUGAUUUAUAUUAUUGUUAGCUGUGUUGUAGAUCCAUUGUGGUUGAAAAGCUGAGUAAUUAACACUGUUUAAAAAAGACUUUCUGUCCACAGGAUUUGGACAGGGGAAAGUGGGAGUCUUGAGCCAUCAAAAUAAAGCUUCCUGCAAAAUGGACUGGGCUGGGAAACAUAAUGGUCCAAAUGAUUCAUCUAGUGAUGGAACAGUACGAUUGCGUGGUCUGCCAUUUGGCUGCAGCAAGGAGGAGAUCGUUCAGUUCUUUCAAGGGUUGGAAAUCGUGCCAAAUGGGAUAACAUUGACGCUGGACUACCAGGGGAGAAGCACAGGGGAGGCCUUCGUGCAGUUUGCUUCAAAGGAGAUAGCAGAAAAAGCUCUGGGGAAACACAAGGAAAGAAUAGGGCACAGAUAUAUUGAGAUCUUCAAAAGUAGUAAGAGUGAAAUCCGAGGAUUUUAUGACCCACCACGAAGAAUGAUGGGACAGCGACCUGGACCAUAUGAUAGACCAAUGGGAGGAAGAGGGGGUUAUUAUGGAGCUGGGCGUGGAAGUAUGUAUGACAGAAUGCGUCGAGGAGGUGGUGGAUAUGACGGUGGAUAUGGUGGCUUUGAUGACUAUGGUGGCUAUAACAAUUAUGGCUAUGGAAAUGAUGGCUAUGAUGACAGAAUGCGAGAUGGGAGAGGAAUGGGAGGCCAUGGCUAUGGUGGAGCAGGAGAUGCAAGCUCAGGCUUUCAUGGUGGUCACUUUGUUCACAUGAGAGGAUUGCCAUUCCGAGCAACAGAAAAUGACAUUGCUAAUUUUUUCUCACCGUUGACUCCUAUAAGAGUUCACAUUGACAUUGGAGCAGAUGGAAGAGCAACAGGAGAAGCUGAUGUAGAAUUUGUGACACAUGAAGAUGCAGUAGCUGCUAUGUCUAAAGAUAAAAAUCACAUGCAGCAUCGAUACAUUGAGCUUUUCCUCAAUUCAACUGCUGGAGGUGGUUCUGGAAUGGGAGGCUAUGGCAGAGAUGGCAUGGAUCAAGGUGGUUAUGGUUCCGUUGGAAGAAUGGGAAUGGGCAGUAGUUACAGUGGAGGAUAUGGUACUCCUGAUGGUUUGGGAGGCUAUGGUCGUGGCAGUGGAAACAGUGGUGGAUACUAUGGACAAGGCAACAUGGGAGGAGGUGGAUGGCGUGGAAUGUAUUGAAGAAUGACACAGUGUCUACAAAGCAUAUUGGAAGGAAACAGUAUCUGGUCUUCUAGACUUUCUUACAAAACUUAAUUUCUUUUGUAUUGAAAACUUUAUAAUGACUGAAGGAAUGUGUUUUCCCAUUAUUUGGUAAGCAACAGAUUGUGAUGGGGAAAUCUGUUUUCUGUAGGUUUUAUUUGUUGCAUACUCUGACUUUAAAUAAAUUUUUUAUAUUCAAA